AUGAGUGAUGGAGGAAACAAUUCUUCAGACACUACCAAGGAAUCUCAAGACGACGUAAUAGAAAAUCAAGAAAACGCGCCGGAGCUCGAUUCUCCCUCAGAGGCAUCCGGAGAUGAGGCGGAAGAUCUGCAGAUAUCAGAGGGGCCUAUAAAGCUACAGCCUCUCAUCCAAUGGCUUCCCAAGGAGCUCAAUUUUACUGCUUUCGACGCAUACGACAAUAAUCUCUACCUAGGUACCGACGUUGGUGACCUUCUGCACUAUUUUGAAAUGGAGCCAGGAAACUACAUGUUAGUUUCUCAAACAAAGUUUGACGAUGACCGCGAUCUGCCAAUUGAAAGAAUCCGUAUAUUGCCUCUGAUCGAGCUCGCUCUGGUCCAUUGCGAUGGCUCGUUGCAUUUCUUUCUCCUGCCGGAAUUCGCUCCUGUACCGAAUAUGAGCAACAUAUCGGAAGUCAACGACUUUAUUGUUCUGAAAUACUCCGCUAAUUCUAGUAGUUACAAGAUCCAAAUAUUUGGCGAAAGUGGCGCCAGAGCGCUACGCAUCUCAAAUCGAAAAGUUACAACUUCUCGUACAGUGUACAAUAAGCCUAUAACAAAAGCGCGAGUGCAUGGGAAAAGUCUCCUGGCUGCCAGGGGACCAAACUAUGAGCUCAUUGAUUUGAAGGAUGGUUCAGAAACUCCUUUAUUUCAUGUCAGCGAAACAAGCACAAACCUUAAUCCUUUGAUAGCGCCAUAUAGCUCCAAUGAGUUUUUGCUUGCUUGCGGAAGCUCAGAAGGGGAGAGUGCUAUGGGGCUUGUUGUGAACACUCAAGGCGAUAUAACUCAAGGAACUAUUGUUUUUGAAAGGUUUCCCCUCGAUCUCAUGAUUGACCUUCCUUUUGUCAUUGUGGACUAUGGCGUGACUGGCGUGUACGUUUACCAAGUUGAAGUGAAUAAAGAGCCCACUCUUGUUCAGACAAUCACAAGCAACAGACAGAAGAGGAUUCGGUUUGUGAGAUCUUCGCAUAUUUUUAGCGUUACCAAUUCAGAGAAUAAAUCACUGGUAGUGGACAGACUGAGGCUCGUUCCUUUGAAAUCUGGGAACCAUGAGUUUAGGAUCAACCAAGAAAAGGAGUAUGUUCAGAGCAUCUUCGAAGAAAGUACGCCACUAGUUCUCUACUGUUCAGCGGGUAUUUAUCUUUUUUGCAAAAAGCCUGUCAUUUUAGAAGUCACUGAUUACAGUGAGUCGGCUAUCGAUCAUGUCACGCGCAUCCUCGGUGAUAUCGAGUCCAGCCCCGUUCUCUCAGUGUUUGCUAAAGUGGAAAGAAAUUUCUUUAGGACCCUCUACUUGCUUUUAGAGACUUUGCACUGCUCUUCAAUAGACAUGGAUGUUGCAAAAAAGUGGUGUAGCUUUUCCCAAGUUAUUGACAUCCGAAUUUUCCUUCAUCUUUGCGGUAUUGAAAUAUAUGGGGAUCUUUGGGCACCUCAUGGCUUGCAGAAAUUCAUUGCCGAGACGCGCUCGCUGAAACUCGAGAACAAAAUUGAAAACAGCCUCGGUGUGUUAUCGUUUAUGCGUGAGACAUUGAAGCGCAGCCGGCUUGACGAACUCAAGGACUCUGAGAACGUGCUGAGAAGUUUUGAUCUCGCCAUAGUACGAAUCUGCAUUGAAAAAGACUUUGAUAUUGAGAUCGAUCAGUGUGAGCCUGCAAGCUUUCCUGAUAUCAUUAAAAAGGUUGAAAAGAAACAGUUACGGUAUGCACCUGUUCUGUUAGAGCUGUGCUCUAGGUGCGGUGAUUACUCCAGAUGUCUAGAACUACUCCGCGACUUGGAUCGCCCACUGGAUUUCAGCAACUUCCUUUUAAUCAAUUAUGGCCAUCUCCAACAACAGAAUUCUUAUACUGGUCAAGACUUUCUCAGAGAUGUUAUCUAUUUGAUAAAAAGGUGCAAAACGACCAAAGAGCGCGAGCCUGUUAUCGGAAACAUCCGUAAGAUCCUAGAGUGCGGGGAGCUCAAAACAAAGAAUUUGAUAUCAAUGGCCGAUAAAAGCAGCACGAAGAUAUUAUUACUUGAAAACUUAGGGGCUGGCGACCUUAAUGAUAAGCGCUACAUGAUAGACUAUUAUGUCGCUGAUCUGCAAGAGCUGAUGGAAACUGAAAACUUAUGGGACUUUUUCGCAGAGCUUUCAGCGACUUAUUCGAAGGAACUUGACUAUCUAAAGCCAGCUUUUGGGAGCUUCAUUAAUCUAAGCUUAAGGCAAAACCCUAGGUGCUCCCGCGUGCUUGAAAUUUGUGACAAAUUGCGUGGUCUCAUGUACGAGAGUGAGAAUUCUUUCUUGAAUAUUGUGUGUGAUGAGGUUAAGAAGUUUGAUAUAGCCAACAUCCUGACAUUAUAUUUAGUGAAAGAUGAGGAUAAAGAAGCUGUUUUUGGUGAAAACUUGCUGGACGAGUUAAUGACAUUUAAUGAUUACGAAACCAUUGACCGCAUAGUUAAGGAAGAGAAUGUCGUUAAAAUUCUAAAAUAUUAUUUGCAGCUAAACUCUCAAAGAGACUCUAUCGCUUUAGUUCAAAAGCACAUUCAGAAACAUUUAAGACACUUGAAACACCGCGACCAAAUCAUUGCGGUCUUAGAGUCAGUUCCUCUCGACUACAGUCUGGCGAGCAUUGUCGACGCAAUCACGCCUAUUAUAAUAAAGCUUGAGAGUACUCUUGGUCAGCAGAACGUCCACAAAUCCCUUUUAAAGGAGCGAAUUCAAUCCAAGCAAAAGUUGCUUCGUAGGCUUGGUGCUGAAUAG